CCAACAAACAAAAUAUCCUUAUAAAAUUAAAUCUAUAAGGGCUAAACACUCAUAGUUGUUUUAAAAUAGCAUUCAUUAUGUCAAGGUACCUUUUAACGGCUCAUUAUAAGAAGAUUUGGCUUAUAUUACCUUUAUUCUUAUAAUUUGGCCAUGUAGACGUUAAUAAAUCAGGUUAAUAUGGCUACAAUAAGGGUUCAAAAUGUUUUGUUCUUAUAGAGGCUGGUUACAUUGCGUUUUAGUUGUAUAAUUUUCAAAGCAGUGUAAAGGCUUUUAAUGUGGCCAAAUGGUGGCCAAUUAUUUUUAUACAAGUAAUGCACAAGAUAACUAUGAUGCUUUUUGACUCAUAGGAGCAUGUUAUUAGAUGUCUAUCCAACAAACAAAUUAUAGCAUUUUAUAUGGUACUUACAAGAAUAAAAGCAUUCGAUAUUCACUUAUACAAUAAUUAUAAAGGGAUUAUUCUCUAAAGUGUUGUAUUAAAAGGUUUUACAUAACUAGAUUCGCCAUUUUGAGAGUGCAGCAUAUGUGAAUCUAUUACGAAGUUUUUAAAGUGAGUGUGAAAAUGAAUUCAAAAGACUGGAAAAAGUUCAAGAGGAGUGGUGGUUAUAGGAGAAAAGUAAAAAAGGUUUACGAAAAUAUGGUCUUAAGCAUUACACCUACUACUUCUACUUCUGUAAUGCUACGAAAUGAACAAUCUGAUACCAAAUUAUCAGCCAGUGGUUCCGUAGAGGAAAUUUUUAUGGAACAUGAGGAAAGCAGUGUAGACGACUAUAUUUGUAGCGGCAGUGACAGUGAUACAGAUAUAUCUUUAAAUGAAGAAUUGAAGAAGAUUGAUAUUCGUAGUGAUAUCAGAGACUGGGCAGUGAAAUAUAAUAUUUCACAUAUCGCUUUAAAUAACUUAUUAAAUAUAAUGCAUAAUGUAAUGCCUCAUAAUAUGCCAUUGGAUGCGCGUACAUUGCUCAAAACAAAUAAAGUAGUAAUAUGCAUUACAGAAAUUGGUACUGGUCAUUACUGGCAUAAUGGAUUACUUACACAAUUACAAAAAACUUUACAAAAUCAUGAAGUGCCCAAUAAAAUAACUUUGAAUUUAAAUAUCGAUGGUUUACCGAUAUACAAAAGCUCGAAUCAUCAACUCUGGCCAAUACUGUGCAACAUAACUGAAAUAAAACACAUAUCACCCAUCGUAGUGGGAAUAUAUGAAGGGAAAUCAAAACCUUCCGAUUUAAACUUAUAUUUAAAACCUUUCGUAAAUGAAAUGAAACAAAUUGAGAAUGGCUUCACAAUUAACACUUUGACAGGAGAGCUAAAGACGAUUGAAGUUAGUAUAAGAGCAUUUAUAUGCGAUUCUCCUGCGAGGGCUUUUAUAAAAGGUGUUUCUAAUUUCAAUAGUAAGCACGGAUGUUUAAAAUGCACUGUGGUUGGUGAUUAUUCACAUUUGUCACAUACAGUGAUAUUCCCGCAGAUAGAUUGUCCAAAAAGAAACGAUGAUGACUUUCGCAACAAGAAGUAUGGACUACAUCAUAAAGUUGAUUCACCUCUAAUUGAAUUAAAAAUCGAUAUGAUUGAAAAUUUUCCAGUUGGUGAUUCACUUCAUCUCAUAGACCUCGGAGUUAUGAAGCGUCUAUUAAUGGGAUGGCGAGAUGGAAAUUUUAUUAACAAACGUACUAAAUGGUGCCAUCGCGAUAUUGAAAAAGUAAAUGAAUUUUUGGUAACGAUUAAGUUACCCAAAGAAAUACACAGAUCUGUCCGGACUAUUGAUGUUUUAUCGCAUUGGAAAGGUUCCGAAUACAGGACUUUUUUAUUAUACCUGAGUUUAGUAAUACUGAAGCAUGUUUUAGAUUCUGACGCAUACAAACAUUUCAUUUGCUUAUUCUGUGCCAUCACAAUUUGUUCAAAUGAAAAUCAUUUUAAGUUUUUACGUCUAGCACAGGCGUUAUUAAAUUCAUUUGUGAAAAAAUUUGCACAAUUUUAUGGAAAAGAUUACAUUACAAGUAAUGUGCAUAAUUUAUCACAUCUCGUUGAUGAGGUUCGAAAAUUUGGCACUUUACAAAGUUUUAAUGCAUACCCUUUUGAGAAUAAACUCCAAAUUAUCAAACAUAUGUUGAGACAGGGAAAUAAGCCAUUGACACAAGUAGCUAGAAGGUUGCAUGAAAGAAAUGAAGUCGAAAUGGCCACUUACACUAAUAACGAAUUGAAGUAUCCUUUUGCAAAACAAUGCAACAGCAGAAAUGGACAUAUAUUAAUACUACAUUUUGAAUCUUUUAUUUUAUCAUCCCAAAAACACGAUAAAUGGUUUUUAACGACGGACGAAAAAGUUAUUGAAAUAAAAGCAAUACGUUUUAAUGAAGAUAUAAGACUAGAAGGAUACCGCAUAGAUAAUUUAAUUGACGCUUUUGACUAUCCCUUAAAAUCUUCAUUAAUUAAUAUUUAUAAAUGUGAAAAUUACACUGCUAGUACUUCAAAAAAUAUACAUGUGUUUGCAUGUGCUGACAUUAAAUGUAAAUUGGUUAAUGUAGAAUAUAAUUCAAUUUUGUAUUUCAUACCAUUAAUACAUACUUUGUAAAAUAAAACAACUUAUUUGAAAA